GUUAACUUCAUCAAGCAAUUCACUCGUUUUCUUGCCGAUAGUUUUGCCGCGACACUAUAUCUGUAUACUUUCGUUUUUCUUUAUCUCGUGCUGUGAAUAAUGUUAAAUUGCUAUCCUUGAUUCGCCAAUAUGUCGACUGAUCGAACGCCGAAGUAUCGGCAGGAAAUCCAGCAGAUGAUGUUUGUCUCUGGAGAAACUGCUGAACCAUCCGUUGAAACAACUACCUUGAUUGAGGAGAUCGUUCGCCAACAAGUCAUUGAGAUUCUCGCACGAAGUACAGCGUUGGCUACCCGCCGAGGAGUCCGCUCUAUCUCUACCGAUGAUUUGAUCUUUCUCAUUCGGCAUGAUAAGGCCAAAGUUUCGCGCCUGAAGACAUUCCUUUCCUGGAAAGAUGUCCGCAAGAAUGUCAAAGAUUCCGAUGACAAAGGUGGCACCGACGCUGCUGAUUUUGCAGCAGCCGAUGACCCUCUCGCGGGGGGUGUCGUUGCUGGGCCGCAAGAUGUUGCUUCAAAGCCGAAGAACAAGCGGGCCCGUGUUGGUCUCGCGUGGGAUGUGAAUAGUUUCUAUUCGAUUCAGGUCCCAGAGCGAGACGAUGAGGAAGACGAAGAGGAGGAGGAACAGAACUAUGCGACCCUCCAACGCCUGGCUGCGGCAGAUGAGCGAACCAAGAACAUGACCAAGGAAGAGUAUGUGUUUUGGUCCGAAUGCCGUCAAGCAUCCUUCACUUAUCGUAAGAGCAAGCGCUUUCGUGAAUGGGCCGGCUUUGGUAUCGUCACUGAAUCGAAGCCCAAUGAUGACAUCGUUGACAUCCUCGGGUUCCUCACAUUCGAGAUCGUUCAGACAUUGACCGAGGAAGCUCUGAAGGUCAAAGAACGCGAGGACCGGGAGAAGAAUCGCCGAGGAGGCUCUGAAAAUGGGUCGGGCGAAAACACCAAGAAGCGUAAGCGUGAAACUGGUCUUUUCGAUCCUCCCGAGGAGGGUCGUACUCCAGUGGAGCCGAGGCAUAUUCGCGAAGCAUAUCGCAAACUUCAAGCGACUGGGAACAAGAACAUCGCAAUGCUUCUCCACAAUGGGCGCAUCACAGCACGGAUGCCUUUAAGAUUGAUUUAACAGAAUGGCUUUACAUUGAGCUUGCACACGGGAAUGGUUGGAGUUUUAUACACACAAGAUACCCUCAUGAUGACUGUACGAUAUCGGGACCUCUUUUCCAAUUUUCCUUUGUUAUUUAUUCGCGGUACACCAUUCUUUCCUUAAGCUAUACGUGUAUAACAAAAUUCUGUCAAUUCAAUGCCUUAGCUACUCAAUCCAACUUUAAAUCCAGCCAACACCCACAGGUGAAGCACAGCGUCACCCAACAAAAACCACUCAUUUAUGUGUCCGGCGCCCUAAAACCCAGUCAGCCCAUCAC